GCGAAGGGAGCAAAGGGAGGACAGGUCAUGAUCGGCGACCCCUCUGAGCUGGAAUGGGCGAUCCAGACCCUGGUGAAGAACUACGACCGGUACUCCAGCAGAGGCGGCUGCUGCUGCUGUUGCAAAAGACAGCGCGGAAUCAGCAAGGGCGGGUUCCAGAAGAUGCUGACCCAUGAGCUCAACCACAUGCUGACGGACACCAAGAACAAGCACGCAGCCAACAAGCUGAUCUGUGACUUGGACGAGAACCACGACGGGAAGAUCAGUUUCGACGAGUACUGGACCUUGAUCGGCGGCAUCGCCAGCCCCAUCUCGUGCCUGAUCCGGCAACAGGAAGAGAGCGUGAAGUUCACAAAGUAAAAGAGCCCGUAGGAGCAAAGAUGUCGAUUGCCCCGC